AUGUCGAAUGUCGGGGAGCCCGAGAUAAAAGAUAUGCGAGGGACUAAUCACAAUAUUACCCACGCAGUGUUACGCAAAAUAUCGAAAAAGACGACCUUUGUCCUCAACCGCAAGAACAACGGCAUGCUCAAGCCUCAAGUAUGGAAUCUUACCAUCUGCCAUAAUGGAGGGUACAUUCCGUUGAGCGGAUUUGUCGGUUCGGAGGCCGAUUGCUCGUCAAGCUAUGAGCAAGUUUUACUGGCUUUAAUCCUCAAGAAGUCUCCAAUUAAAAUCUCAACCCUCUAUAACGUCGCAAUAACUCACUCUAAGUACGACACGGACCACCAGGCCUACCUGAGGAGGCUGGCAAUGGCUGCUCCAGCGUCUGAGGCGUUUACUGUGUCUAGUCGAGCGGAUAAUGCGAAUUGCUCGCGAUCUGGAGAUGAGGAAAUAGAAAGAAACCAACGACACUCCGGGGAGACGUUCGCCUAUCAGAGGAUCAUCAAUCUGACCGACAAGGUGGAUGCAAUAAAACAAAAAGAACGACUCGGAAUUCGUAAUCUGCUGGACAAAGGAUCGACAUCUGAGGCUGAGGAGAUUAAAAAGUUGACGACACUUCCUACGGAGGAGGCAGACGAAAGGGGAGAACUAAAUAGUCGAUUGCACGAAGAUCAGCCUCUGUCCACUGUCACUGAACUCCCUGGAUCAAGUCCGCUCACGCAGGCGGCCAAGAGACGUGCAGAAGCGCAGAAGAAUAGAAACUCUGAUGUCCUGCGACGACAAAACAUGGUGAAGAAGGAAGAAGUCAUUGUAGACGAGACGACGGUCAAGAGAAGGCGGAAAAGUGCAAAGAACAACGACCAAAAUGACGACGACCAUGACACCAAGCCAGUAUUGCUCCCUCAGAAGAAACGAGCGUUUGUGUCCUCCUCACCCAGUCAGAGCCCAGCGAAGAAAUCCUCAAAGUCAAACAAUAAUUCUGGAGAAGGAAAUGUUGACAAUGAGACACUGAUAAGAGAAACUGAGGCUGACCUGAAGAGCCUCUCAGGUAGUUGGCCAGGUCCUCGGUUGGCGUUUUACAACAGAGGUAUCGCUGAUGCUGAGGAGCCAGGUUUUGAAAAUCUUUUUGAUGAGAAGAAAAACAACAUCGCAAAUGGCACCUCGUCUACAUCAUCAUCCAACAACGGAGACAACUCUUCCUGCUCGUUGAAAGACGUCAUAACCUUGAGGGAACAAGACGCGAAGGCAACAAAAAACGACGUUCACUCAACCAACGGACCACCUGGGAAAAGUGAGCAUGUCAAGUCUUCUCAGAGCAACAAAACGCCAACGAACUCUCAAAGAGAAGGAAAGGAACUACCUAAAACUGUGCAAGAAAGGAACUAUUUAGAGAGUCUGAUAAAAAUCGAGAAUGAGUGUGACUCGAUACAAUCACAAGCCAAAACAAAGCCAAAGAAUGACGAUUCUAAGUCAAACGACAGGUACUCAAACGGCCAGAGGUACGAGCCUGACUUUAAUGAAUUAGUGGACGACUCUUCAAACGACCUUGAAAUUGACAUGGAAGUUGACGAGCGGUCUGGAAAAGGUGAGAAGAAAAAGAGAGACGACAAAGGAGACAAAACCAAAAAUUUGGGAAACCAUUAUACAUCUCAGAAGUCUGAAAAGGGAAAGAACUCUACUCCAGCGGUGUUUACAGCACCUAACUUUCGUGAUGGUAAGGAACCGAAGAUUGCAACGUCUUUGGACCCAAUAGGACCGUUCCCAGCGGGAGCCACAUUCGUAGGCUAUCCACCAGCGGCUGCAGCACCUCCCCCUCGUCCUGAGGAGAAACCCUCGACUGUUCAUCUACUUCCACUCAAACCAACCCCGGCCAAGGUGGAAGCUGAAGAGACUGCUGCUGUGACGUCUAGCAAGGUGUCCGCGUCUUCCCCUGACUCCAAGCAGUACACAAUCCUGCAGCCCGCGGGUGCCGGCUCCAGGGCCGCCUCCGCCAUACAAGACGCUGCUGGGGUGCCUGCCGUCAGUAGCACAUCUUCUGCAGACAAGGACGGCAGCCGCAGUGGCAGCAAUCUCUCACCUAUUGGCAAAGAUGGAACCAAAUGUCCCACACCUGGAUGUCUAGGAGAAGGCCAUGUGACUGGACUUUACCCUCACCACAGGAGCCUCUCAGGAUGUCCCAGGAAGGACAAAGUCACACCAGAGAUCCUGGCGAUGCAUGAGACCAUACUCAAAUGCCCAACUCCUGGUUGUAACGGCAGAGGGCACGUUAGCACCAACCGUAACACCCACCGCAGCCUCUCCGGUUGUCCAAUAGCUGCCGCAACCAAGCAAGCUCUGCGCCAAAGCAGGGCUAAGCAGAGCACACAACCGAUCAGAGUCGCAACCACAUGUGCAGCGGAUUUCAAGCCACAGCCCUCGUUGUUCACGAGCCCUGCAGCACCUGGGGAGAUGAAGCCUCACUACCCUGUUCCCUCCUAUCCAUCACAUGCUCCUUCUCCUUACUUCUCAACUGCUAAACCAACUAUCAAACCCACCAAGAUCGUAAAGAAAGAGGAACCUGACAACAGCUCUUUUACGGUUGUACCAAAAUCAGAAUCUUCCAAUACCAAUAACAAUAACAAUUGUGCUGUGCCCACCAAAACAGAAAUGAUAGUAAAGCCAGAGAUUCCAUCAGGCAACACCUGUAGGUCUAGCAGCCCACCACCACCUCCUCAAGGGUGGGGUAACUCUUACGACUACAUGAACCAUGAUUCCAAUUCUUCCUCUGUAUCAAGUAUGGACGUAAUGAGCCAUUAUCAUCAGAUACCUCCUCAUAUGCCAGUAGCUCCUACACCUGUCUCUCAUCAUAUACCUGCCCCACCAGCUUACGUUGCCAAAAACCUUGAAGAAUCUCGAUCUUCAGUUCAGCACCGUUCUCCUUAUGAAUCCCCCUCAAUAAGUUCUUCUGAAGACGUUUACAGAGACAAUCCUACUCGCACUUAUCCAAUAACUAACACCACUACAAUAAACCGUCCGGUUCCCUCCUACUCAACAGAGGUUACUGCUCACACUUACGAAGUAGCAGGACACAGACCGUACGACCCUGGUAGUACCACCAACUACGAACGUUACGAUGCCACUCCCCAGCCCUGCCCUCCCACCCCCCGCUACCCCGAAUACCAGGAGCAUGAGAUGAGAGCCUAUGACCAACAGCACCACCAGAUGUCUGGGAUAAUGAAGCCUGAACAUCCUUCCGAGAGCGAGUCGUCUGAAGGCCCUCUGUAUCCCAGGCCCAUGUACCAUUAUGAUCCAGCGACCGGGCCAGUUCCAGCAGGAUUUUCUCCAGCUGCUAUUAACCUAUCAGUUAAGUGUGUAGCUGGGAUGAAGCCUGGAGAACCGAGGUCUCCUGGGGCAGCUUCUGUGAUGGACCUUUCUACUUCCAAUGUUACAUCAACCAGUCCUCAGGCUCCUUAUGGCUCCAGCCCAGGACAGUACCCCAGGGGUAGCCCGAAUGCCACCAAUAGUCCACACCCUAACAGCAGUCCUCAAGCUACAAGUCCUCAGCAACAAACACUGGACCUUAGUGUUACAAGGGUUCCUGGACGUCCGGUUUUCCCAGGAGGUCCUGCAGGAUACAGUCGGGAGUCUACUCCAGACACGGGAGGAACUCAUUACAUCGACUCUUACCGGGAUGUCAAUGGUUACACGGGGAUGAGCCCCCAUCCAGGUUAUGCUAUGUCUGGAUCUGAGUAUCCAGCAAACAGCUACACUCCUUACCCACCCUCUGCCUACUCCUGUGGAUAUCCUGCAGGAAGCUAUCCCCCAGGACCCGGAUACUCCCCAGCCGCCUGCUAUCCCAUGGGACCUCCGCAGCAUGAUAAACUUCCUCCAUCAUCAAAGAAUGAUAGUUUGUCUGGGUGUCCCCGGGCUGACAGGACGCAGAUCCAUCCCCACUCUCAAGAGCUUAAGUGUCCCACGCCCGGCUGUGACGGGUCAGGACAUGUUACAGGCAACUACUCUUCUCACCGCAGCCUCUCGGGUUGUCCUCGGGCCAACAAGCCCAAGAGCAAACCUAGAGAUGGUCAAGACUCUGAGCCUUUACGAUGCCCCAUUCCUGGAUGCGACGGGUCUGGUCAUGCCACUGGCAAAUUUCUGUCACAUCGGAGUGCCUCGGGCUGUCCGAUAGCAAAUCGCAACAAGAUGAGAGUGUUGGAGAGUGGGGGGACUGUUGAGCAGCACAAGGCGGCGUUGGCAGCGGUCACAGCUGCAGCAAAACUGGACGGCAUCAACUGUCCCACACCCGGCUGUGAUGGCGGCGGACACAUCAACGGAUCGUUCCUCACACAUCGCUCCCUCGGUGGCUGUCCCACGGCUACCAACCCACUGUCCGUCCCGCCUAAGAAACCCCAGUACAAGUACAGCAGCGACGACAUGUACUCCAAACCACCAAAUCAUUUAGAAGGCAGUGGGGGUGGAGAAGACUUGUAUACACUUGAAGCUGAAAUCACUGAACUACAAAGAGAGAAUGCCAGAGUGGAAUCUCAAAUGCUCCGAUUAAAAACAGAUAUAAGUGCAAUGGAAGCACAUUUAAGACAAGGAGACAAGGAAACACAACAGAUCACACAACGAAACAACAACCUCAACGAGUAUUAUGAGAGUUUGCGGAAUAACGUGAUCACCCUGUUGGAACAUGUUAGGAUACCAAAUGGUUCUACUGGAGGUCCUCCGGAGAAAAUGACGCAUGACAACUUUGACAGCUACUUGAGUAGACUACAAACAUUGUGUGGUAGUGGAGUGGAGGGGUCGGCGUACUGUGAUGAAAACAACCGACCUAUCUACGAAACAGUGAAAUCUGCAUUGCAAGACUUUACUGUGCUACCGACACCCAUUUGAGCUUCCUCCUGGCAAUCCUCCCGCCCUGUGUAAAGCGUUGAAUGUACAUCUGUAUCAUAGUUUUAUACUUGAUAGACUGUAUAUUGUAGUGAUCAUUGUACGUCUAGGUAUUGUAUGUAUGUAAGCUGAAUUUGUAAAUUGGAUCUGGAUUCUGUUCCCAUUUAAGGUACCAUAUGUAGUUUUUGUUACUUUACUGUCAAUAGUGUAUAGAAUAUUGUUAUGUUUAUGUUUGUUGUUAUGCAGUGAAUAUUCUGGCUUAAUGAAGUUUCAUUCGUGAAAGAAGUUAGAAUCAUUAAACAGUGUUGGCAAUAUUUUAUUGUUUAGAUUUAGUCUCUUUAUAACCUUUUUUUAGUGUACAUUUUUGCAGGUUUUCUUUAAGCAAUUUUGUUGAUCAGGAAUAGUAUUGUAAUCUAUGAUUUGUGAAUCAGGGAAUAUUACUGUAUUUGAUGGUAUAUUUAUAAUACUAUGCAGUGCUGGAUUUACCACUGCCGCGGCCUAGGGCCGUAAGCAUAAGGAAGCCGCAGAGGAUUGACAAAAAACAUUUUUCAGAACAAAUUUUAACUUUUUUAAACCAUCAGUUUGCCGGGAUUGCAGAUGACGACAAUAAUGUCGCCGUGAUUGCGGCCUGCGGGAGAUACUCAUGAUUUUGCCGUAGUCGCGAGUGUCGAAGAUUAUCUCCCCGUAGUUGCGCCCGUUCCCACAGGGUAAAUUCUUAUUUGAUGUUCACAAUUUUGCCGCAGUUAAGUUUUGAUCAUGUCCCAAGGGUUGCCCAUCUCCCAUCCCUAAAGCUCAUGUCGCAGAAUCCCCCCCCCCCCCCCAAAUUUGUUGUUUAACCCAUGCCGGGAGGUCUGGUGCAUGGUGACUAAACCAUAGUUAAAAUAGGAAAGAAGUGUCCUCGACACUUCUUUAAAUUACAUUGCAAAUUUAUGGGAACAAGCUGUUGGCCCGUCCUAUGUACGGGAAUCGAGUAGUCCAUUAAAACUGUGUAUAGUUAUAUCAUUAUUUCUAUUGACGGAAUUGGGAAUCCUUUAAUUAUAUAAAACAUGUUAUUCUAUAAUAAAAGGGGUUAGGAGGCUGGUGGGAUUUUUCAGUCGUGUUAAGCAUAGGAUGCAACCGCUUGAGAAACAUAUUGAGUAGGACUCUAGUAGCAAACCAUUUGUUAGGUUAAUUUUACUUUAACCAAAUUGGAUU